CCAAGUGUUAUGGUCAGAAUUAUGGUGAUGAAGAACCCCUCAAUGCUUCUUUGGCAUAUGAUAUUCUUGGUGUUGCUCCUAAUUGCUCUGCUCAUGAGCUGAAAUCCGCUUUCCGGAAUAAGGUUAAGAAGUUUCAUCCUGAUGUAAGGAGAGAUGGGGAUAGUCCAGAUAAAAUGAUUCGACGAGUCAUUCAAGCCUAUGAGAUGUUGUCUAACUUCACCAAGUCAGAGAUCAUUGAAAGGGAAUGCUUGGAUCCAUUUGAUCAACCAGAAUGUGAAGCAUUUGAUCUAUUUGUUAACGAGACAGUUUGCAUUGGAAAAGGAUGUCCGUUUUCAUGCGUUGAGAAAGCGCCUCAUGCAUUCACUUUUUCCUCUUUAAUGGGAACUGCACGCGCUAUUUCUCAAGGACAUGGUGAAGAUUAUCAAGUCCAGCUUGCAGCUGGUCAAUGCCCCAAGAGUUGCAUACAUUAUGUUACACCUUCUCAAAGAAUAAUUCUUGAAGAGCUACUUGGCAGCAUCAUGAGCACACCUUAUGAUACAUCAGCAGAAGCAAACUUACUUUAUUCGCUAAUUGUAAAAGCCCGAUUUGAGAACAAUCGCUACCAAAAGCCCAAGAAGCAACCUAAGGCCUCAACCAAACAUGUAGACUGGUUCUAAAUCAUGAAAAUCCUCCUAGGAGACCACCUUGUGUGGAAAAACUUGCAAGUUGAACAGAGACUACCACCUCAAAUGCUAUGCAAUACUGAAGUUAUCACAUGGACCAUAGGGGAAAUGUUAUUUAAGACACAGACUGUCAACGUUAUGCUAUGUUACCAAAGUCCUUAUAAAUGGUGCGGCAUAUGAGAUGCUGGGAUACGCACCAAGUGUCCGGGAAAAGUAGCUGCAACUGACUGAAUAUUGUAUGAUAUGAGAUUGAUGUACAGGUGGAACAUUACUGAUUGUACUAGGAAAAUUCACUUAGUUACAUAAAAUAUUUUUACACUGUCAGGGUAUUUUAAACUACUGUAACAGGUAACCUGCUUUAUUUUUUAGUUUACUAAUCCAUCUUUUAUGGA